CCCUUCUUCGAGCGCCAUGACAGAGCUGGACGUUAGCCUCGACGUCGCCUUCUCCUCGGCGGUGACGACGACGUAGUAGACAGACGGAACGGGCGGGCGGGGGGCCAUUCGCACGGUGCCGCCGGGCGCGACGAUGUCCUCGAUCAUCCUCAACCCGUUCCAGCUGCUGGAGGUCAACAUCAUCUCGGCGCAGGACCUCGCGUCGGUGAGCCGCUCCAUGCGGACGUACGCGGUCGCGUGGGUGCACCCGGACCGGAAGCUCUCCACCCGCGUGGACACCCACGGCCGGUGCAACCCCACGUGGAACGACAAGUUCGUGUUCCGGGUCGACGAGGAUUUCCUCCGGUGCGACACCUCCGCGGUGAUGAUCGAGAUCUACGCCGGCCAUUGGUUCAAGGACGUGCGCGUGGGGACGAUACGGGUCCUCGUCAGCAACCUCCUCCCGCCGCCGUCCCGGCCCUUCCGCCACCAGCAGCACAUCGGCAUGCGCUUCGUGGCGCUGCAGGUCCGCCGCCCCUCGGGGCGCCCGCAGGGGAUAUUGAACGUCGGCGUCGCGCUGCUCGACAGCUCCAUGCGGAGCAUGCCGCUGUACACCCAGCUCAGCGCCUCCGCGGUCGGUUUUCAAGACCUAUUGGGCAAGCAAGUCCUCGUGAAUGAUCACAACAACCCAAUCAGCAACCCUCCUCAACAACAUCAGAAACAACAGCAGCAGCUGCAGAUCUCUACCGUCGUCGCGAAGCCCGAGCUCCGGCGUACCAAGAGCGACACGAGUUCGAUGCAAGUUCCGCGGCAAGCGAAGACGUUGAAUCGAAAGGUGUCCUUCCGCGAGAGACCGCAUUCUAUCAUCAACGCGUCAGAGAACGACUCUUCCACCCCAGGGAAGAAGAAAGGGUCAAUCUCAUUGCCCAGCUCCAUGGUCAACGGUUCGAGUCUAGGGCAUUCGAUCUUCAAGGGUAGAAGCGCAAAGACGAGCACGGUCGCUAGCGGGUCGGAGGUCGGGGUCAAAGGGGCAAAACCUGAGAAGAAAGAUGCCAAACCCUCAGAUCCGGGUGCCAACCAAAAGGCCGGCGGGAAGUCGAAGCCGGGCGAGUUGUGCAUCACCGAGUCCGAUCUGGGGCCGUCGCCUUCAGAAGUGGCGGCCGCGGCGGCGAAGGAGAGGAUGUUCAAGGUGGUGGACGAGACCGAGAACUCGGCGGUCGGAGGGUGGAGCCUGAGCGAGAGUGUGGAGGGCUUGCAAUCGAAGCUCGAGCGGUGGCGGAUGGAGCUCCCGACCAUAUACGACCGCAGCGAGUACACGAGCUACGGGCCAAGCGUAAAAGGCAGUGGCGGCGGCGGCGGGGGGAACGGCAGUAGGCGCGCGAGGCGGCACACCGAGGGCGAAGCCGGAAAAGGGUUGUUCUCGUGCUUUAGCAACGUAUGCGGUUGUGAAUGCUCCAUCGUUUGCGGGGGCGACGCGAGCCCGAGGAAGAAGAGGGCCGGCAGGCGCCGCCGGCGAAGCGCGUCUCCGGUUAGUUCCACCUUCGUUUGAGAGGGUUAUCUCAAUCUUGUCCAUUCGGGUUGUGUAAAUGAUCAUUACGUGAUGGUAAUUUUUCCAUGAUUUUUUUCA